ACGUUGCAUAGUUACUAAGUACUGUCACGCUCACAGCAGACAGCUGCAGCUAUGUGGCCCGCUAACGGAGAUUUUAAUUUGAACCGCUAAUUCAGCGUUGCCAUUUAUGCGCUCGUCUUCCCAGCAGGAAUACACCCUCUUUAAACAGGUUCACACAGCUCCUCUUCCUCUGAAACAUCUUAUCUAAUCGUGAGACCCUCCGCCGGGUUCAGUGUGUUCAAGAAGACUGCCAUGUUCAACCCCAGUGAUCUCGAAGGCGAAGUGGAUCAUUCCUUUUUCGAUAGUGAUUGUGAUGAUAGCAGCGUCGGCAGAGGUGAUGGGAAAAAGAUAGGGAAAGAUAAGCAAAGCAAGCCAGGACAUGAGUGGCUACAUGCAAAACAGACAAAAGAUACAAAAGGGGCUUGGUCUCCGAGGACGGAUGGGACGCAAAAACACCUGAAGCCGGUCAAAAACAAUAGCAGCAGCAGAGCAGAAAGGAAAGAGAACAGCUGUCAUUCAGGUGAGGAAGAGCGGCACAGGGAGUCCAGCAUAUCUGUUUCGUGUACAUCAGAUAAAGUCGUCAAUAAUAGUAGUGAUGGCGAAGAAGACUUUGAUUUGCACUCGAAAAUGUCUAAGGGGACAUUUAUGGCUUUGUCGGCUGGGGCGAGAGAGGCAGAUGAUAAGGAUGUGUACAGCCAGAGUCCAAAUGAGUCUGAGGAAGAAAUCUUAUCAUCCAAUGCCAAACACUCCAAAGGGAGAAAUAAACAAACUCCUAAAAAACGGAUAAGAAGUCGGUACAACCGAAGUCCAUCCCCGACUUCAACCGAGGCCAGCAUGGAUGCAGACUCAGAGAGCUCCUGUAGCAGCAGCAACAGGAGAAGCAGUUUAGACUCCGCCAACCUUCCCAGGCCCAACAAGUCUUCUUUGUCCCCUGGAGGGAGCAGGAUCCCAGUGGGCUCAGCAAGGACUAGGGAUGUGCCUGCCAGCCAUAAAGAGGAGUCAGAUGAUACAAUAACAGAUGUGAGCCCCCUCUCCUCUCCCGACUCCAGCCUUCUCCAGUCACUGGACCUGAACCGCACAGAGGCUGAAGAGGGAAGCCUUAAAGAGCAGCAGCAGGAGGAGAGUGUGCCCUCCAGUGGCCUUGGCACUUUACAUCAGGAUGAGGAUUCAGAUCCAGAUGAAGAUGAGUGGAGACCGGUAAACCUGCGUGUUUCUAUAGCCACAGACUCUCUCAGUUCCGUGAGCCAGCUUGGAGGUAAACUGGUCUUCCAUGGUUCCGAAGGAAGAAACAGGAAGAACUACUCAUUCACCAAUGAAGAGGUCCGAUCCAUAGAUCAUGAGAACCAGCGACUUCUUCGGGCACUUUCACGUCUUUCUCCAGGGCCACGACCAGGGAGUAAAGCAGGGAAAAAAGCCCACAUGACAAGCAACUCACCACUCAAUCGCCUGUCUCACAGUGCACUCAACAGGCAGCGGGAACAGCAACGCAUCGAGCGGGAGAACCUGGCUUUUCUUAAGAGGCUGGAGUCCGUCAAGCCUACACCUGGCCUAAAGCGCGCAGAACAGCUGGCAGACUACCAGCGACAAGUUGGAUACCAAGGAGCUCCAUCGUACCCAGUCUGUGUGUCCUCCACUAAGAAAGGGAGGUCUGUCAGCAAGACACACUCAGAGAUAGAAAUAUCUCUCUGUUGUCCACACCAGCAGGUUCCAGGCCAGUCAGCUCUGCACACCACAGCUCGUCUUCCACCACCAGUGACUCGGCCAGCAAACCCGUUCCCAGGUCCAAAAAACUGGGUGCAGCCCGACCAGCCUGGUGCUGAGAACACUGCUGUUUUAAAGAAGCACGUCGCUGGCUCCCUUUAGCGGCAUCGUUGGUGUCUGGUCAUCACUGAGGGGUCAGUUUGGAAGGUACUAAGCUGAAAAUAAACUGACUUCAUCAACAUACUA